AAAUAUUAAGAUUCGUACGGGUAGUAACGGUUUUUUCAUUUAUAUUCGAAUGAACGACAACAAACUGGUGGAAAGCUGUCAAGGUGACAGCCGCAGAAACGUCACGCAAAGUACCAAUCCAAACAAACAAAUAUUUCGUCCGGUUGGGAAGCAAAGCACAAAAUCAGCACUGCGUUUAGUCUAGGCAUAUUGUGAAGAAAGGCGGCCGUUUUGCAAUUUUUCUUCCCGCACGCUCAUCCCCGAUAAUGCGCUAAUAGUUUCCGGUAAACCACAACUCGAGCGGUUUGUUAGCAUCACUCCUAUGGACCAUGAUUGGGUGCCUGCUUUGCGUGUAUCAUUCUCGGCCUUCUUGAUCAUUCGCUUUACAUCAUUGAUUAAAGCUUAACGCUUCGCUCUGCGGCAAUGACCGAAAAGCCCUGUAAGGAUCGUGAUAACCAUGAUCAUACGAAAUGUUCAUCGAAAGGUGUCGUCGCGACACAGUCACUGAGUGAGCUGGAUUUUGACCGAGGCAUAUGGAGUGCGGCGAUGAGUAACGAAAUUGACCGCUUAGAAACGCUUAUUACCAAAGGACAUCUUUACGAUCGGGACAGCUGCGGUUAUACUGCACUACACUAUGCAGCACGUAACGGGCAUGUCGAGGCUUGCCAUUUACUCUUAGCACGAGGACUAGGAGUAGACGAAGUAACGAACGGUGGCGUUACAGCACUGCAACGAGCUGCAAUGAUGGGACACUACAAAAUCCUGCAGCUACUGAUAGCAAACAACACAAACGUGACGCACAGAGAUAACGAUGGCAGAACAGCUUUGCACCGUGCGGCUGAAGGCGGUCAUUUGCAGUGUUGCCAGUUGCUUGUCCGCUUAAAUCCUGCCCUAUGCCAUAUACAGGACGUACGGAACCAGAAACCGAUCGAUCUCGUGCGACAAACUCACAACGAUUCGGACCAACUAAGAAGCUUAUUGAACGGGUAGCACACGACCCGGUACAUGGUGUAUAAAUCACUUUUGUUUUAUAAUUCAAUCGCUGCAAUACACCUUUGUCUUCCCGAAACUUGCUUGCUAAAGGUGCACUACUUUAAAAAACCCAUUAUAAAAUGUUUCUGUUUCUAGCGCUUAUUUAUGUUUUGCGUGUGCUGCACAAGGAUGAUUACCUUUUACCCACAAAUUUUUAGGGAGUAAACCGUGUAUUAGAAAUGUUAAAAUAAAAGAUAUUCUUUAACCUA